AUACGGAAGCAAAAACAGCGUGUUCGGUCUUCACGUUGCCUCUAUCAUUUAAAUGUCAUUUAAAGACUACCUCUCUUGCGGCUGGUUGUGUCCUCUUCAUCACGCUGACACAUGUCUGCUCCACCUGCAGAAGACCUGGUCAGACAGUGGGAAAGUGAGCAGGCCCGUCUGAGACAGCAGGUGGUGGAGGAGGACACUGAGGACUGGCAGAGGAGUCCAGACUUCUCUGGCCUGGAGAGAGUUGGUGGAGUGGACCUCUCCUUCAUCAAAGGGGACGACGUCAACGCGUGCGCCCAGCUCGUGAUACUAAGCUACCCCGACCUCGAGGUGCUGUAUGAGGACAGUCAGAUGGUGACCCUGACAGCCCCCUACAUAGCUGGCUUCCUGGCCUUCAGAGAAACCCCCUUCCUCCUGGAAGCUCUGCAGCGGCUGCAGGAGAACCAGCCCACACUUCUCCCUCAGGUGGUGUUUGUGGAUGGGAAUGGUCUCUUCCACUACAGAGAGUUCGGCCUGGCAUGUCAUCUGGGAGUGCUGUCAGGGCUACCAUGUGUUGGUGUGGCCAAGAACCUGCUGCAGGUGCAGGGUGUGUACAAGAGUGAGGAGCACCAGUCACAGAUAGCUGCUCUGCAGAGAGGAGGAGACAGCUUCCCACUCACAGCCGCCUCAGGCAAAGUGCUUGGAAAGGCGCUGCGUAGCUCUGACAGGAGCUCUAAGCCUGUGUACGUGUCUGUGGGCCACAAGAUCAGUCUGGACACUGCUGUACGCCUCACACACUCCUGCUGCCGCUACCGGGUCCCCGAACCCAUCAGACAGGUACAUACACACACACACG